AUGUGCGACAUGUAUCUGGGAAAACCACAUACUUCAUCAAACAUUGCCUGGCACAGACCACAGUCAGCAUCCUCCCUUCAAGAGGAGGAACUUAUACAAAAAAGCACCAGAGCAGUAUGCCAUUCUACUGAUCCUUUGGAUAAAUUACGUUUGCUCUGUCUGUCAAGAGGGGCAACUGGAGUUUUAGGUUUAGGAAGGGUGUUCAGGAGAAUGGAUAAAGUUGGUAACAAACAACUCAAUAAGGAAGAGUUCAUCAACAUAUUGUCCUUGACCGGAGUUGAGAUGACCAAGGAGGAGUGCGAGCAACUUUUCGACAAGUUCGAUUCCGAAAAUCGCGGCACGAUCAGUAUUGACAAAUUGAUCGAGGAAAUACGUCCGCCAAUGUCUGACUCGCGCCGCGCUAUGGUGGAGCAGGCAUUUAGGAAACUGGACAAGGCCGGGGAGGGCGCCAUCACCAUCGACGAUAUUCGCAAGCUCUACGCGGUCGAGUCUCAACCAAGGUACAUGAGUGGGGAGGAAACUUCGGAAGUGGUCAUGAAUCGGUUCCUCGAAAACUUCGAGAUUGAUGGAUCCGCUGACGGAAAAGUGACACUGGAAGAGUUUAUGAACUACUACAGUGGUAUAAGUGUUUCAAUUGAGCAUGAUAGCUACUUCGAUCUCAUGAUGCGACAAUCUUACAAGUUG